AUGAGACAAGAAGGGGUUCCUGUGGAACCCACUGGAUUUGGUGCUAGAGAUACCCAGGGGACUGUGGGUCUUACAGAGUUUCAGGUUGGUCAGCAGUUUCAGGAUAAAGAGGAGGCUGUGUUAAGCCUGAAGACAUAUAGCAUCCGACGCGGGGUACAAUACAAAGUGGUGGAGUCCGAUUAUCGCCAGUACGUAGGGAAGUGUUAUGAGUUUGGGAACGGGUGCACAUGGUUGAUUAGGCUAAGUCUCUGGCAGCGCAAGGGUAUUUGGGAGGUAAAACGAUACAAUGGACCUCAUACUUGUCUCGCGACGUCGAUAUCGAGCGAUCACAGGAGUCUUGAUUAUCAUGUGAUCUCGGCUUUCAUCAUGCCAAUGGUUAGAGCUGAUGCAUCCGUGUGCAUCAAGAUACUGCUGAAUACGACAGAGGCACACUUUGGGUUCAGGUCGACUUAUAGGAGGGUCUGGUUGGCCAAGCAGAAGGCUGUCGCCUAUAUUUAUGGAGAUUGGGAUGAGUCAUACAACAAUCUGCCGCGGUGGGUCUUGGGAGUGCAACUGACGAUGCAUGGUAGUGUUGCAGUGCUGAGGACGAGUUUUAUUCUAGUGGGGAGCAGGUGGACGGUUCGCAAGCCUAUUUUCACCGGCUUUUCUGGACAUUCCCACCAUGUAUUGAGGCAUUUCGGCAUUGUAAGCUACGGGAACUCCAACAUCCUGCCUAUUGCAUUUGCACUCGUGGAGGGUGAGAAUGCGGUGUCCUGGUCAUUUUUUCUAUCCCAUCUCCGCCAGCACGUGACCCUACAAUUGGGUAUCUUGGUGAUAUCAGAUAAGCACAACGGUAUCAAGGUUGCACUUGAGGCUGCCGACAGAGGAUGGCUACCACUUGCUGUAUACUGUGCAUUCUAUAUUCGACUUGUGGCCGCAAAUUUUGCCCUCACAUUCAAGGGUAAGGAUGCAAGGAGACUUCUUGUGAAUGCAGCGUAUGCCAAGACUGAGGUAGAAUCCGAUUACUGGUUUGAUAUUCUACGGUCUGAAGACCCUGCCAUGUGUGACUGGGAAAACAGGAUUGACUAUUCAUUGUGGACUCAGCAUCGGGAUGAGGGUAGGAGAUUCAGACAUAUGACGAUAAAUAUCUCCGAGUGUGUUAAUUCCAUCUUGAAGGGAGUCAGGAACCUUCCAGUAUGCUCUCUAGUGAAGGACACUUAUGGGAAGGUUGGCAGAGCUAUUCGUUCAAAGCACAUGAUCCACUCGGCUCUCCCAAUGAAGGUGCCAGAACUGCAAGCUAUUCGGGAACCAAUGAUCACCACCUCUGCCAUCCUUGGACAUCAAAAAGUCGAUGUCCACGGCGGGCUGGGGUCGGGAAUGUACUCCACCAAAUUGUGGUAG